CGCAUGCGCAGUACAGAGCGCCGCUUAGCGCUCUGUGUGUGCCACUGAGACAGCAAAAAAAAAAAAAAAAGAAAAAACCCGGUACCUCAGAAAAUAAAGAUAAAAUUAAAAAUAAUUGCCGUGACGCUGGUGAGGAGAUUUCUUAUCACCGGUUAGAUUUCAUCUGAGAGGUGUUUGGGGUAUCGCCGCCUCAACGCUCCGUUUCUCUCUGAAGUCGUCGUCUCUUCCUGUGCCAAACUGUCGGACAUGUCAGGUCCAGUGCCAAGCCGAGCACGGGUUUACACUGAAGUGAACACACACCGGCCCCGGGAAUACUGGGAUUACGAGUCACAUGUGGUCGAGUGGGGAAAUCAGGAUGAUUUCCAGCUGGUGCGGAAGCUUGGGCGCGGAAAAUACAGUGAAGUGUUCGAGGCAGUAAACAUCACCAACAAUGAGAAAGUGGUGGUGAAAAUACUGAAGCCUGUGAAGAAGAAGAAAAUAAAGCGUGAGAUAAAGAUCUUGGAGAACCUGCGAGGAGGCCCAAACAUCAUCUCGCUUGUGGACAUCGUCAAAGAUCCGGUGUCCCGAACUCCUGCCUUGGUUUUUGAACACGUGAACAACACAGACUUUAAGCAACUCUAUCAGACAUUGACGGACUACGACAUUCGGUUCUACAUGUACGAGAUCCUGAAGGCCCUUGAUUACUGCCACAGCAUGGGGAUCAUGCACCGAGACGUCAAACCACACAACGUCAUGAUUGAUCACGAACACAGGAAGCUGCGUCUUAUUGAUUGGGGUCUCGCGGAGUUUUAUCACCCGGGACAGGAGUACAAUGUCCGAGUUGCCUCACGCUACUUCAAAGGACCAGAGCUUCUCGUCGACUAUCAGAUGUACGAUUACAGUCUGGACAUGUGGAGUCUCGGCUGCAUGUUGGCCAGCAUGAUCUUCAGGAAGGAGCCUUUCUUCCAUGGCCAUGACAACUAUGACCAGUUGGUGAGAAUAGCCAAAGUCCUCGGAACUGAAGACCUCUACGAUUACAUCGACAAAUACAACAUUGAGCUGGAACCUCGCUUCAAUGACAUCCUGGGAAGACAUUCGCGUAAACGAUGGGAGCGCUUCGUACACAGUGAGAAUCAGCACCUGGUGAGUCCCGAGGCUUUGGACUUCCUGGAUAAACUGCUGCGAUAUGACCAUCAGGCCCGACUGACGGCGCGGGAGGCCAUGGAGCAUCCCUACUUCUACCCUGUGGUGAAGGAUCAGUCUCGCAUGGUGGGGUCCGCUAAUGUUCCAGCACUCAACACCGCAGUGAGCACCGCCACACUGAUCACAGGGAUCGCUGCUCUUCCUGCCUCCACGGCUCUGGGCCCGCUCGCCGGCUCGCCCGUCCUCUCAGCUGCCAAUAACCUCAGCGCUGUCGUGCCCACCGCUGCUGCCGGAGCCACACAGUGACCCCGAGGGACGGACAGCCUCUGGCCUCUCGCUUCAGCCUGCAGGGGAUGAUUGGAAAAGUGUUCCUCUGUAUGCCCCUCCCCCUGCUCUUCCUGGUCCCUCCCCCUUUUCUCUCUCCUACGCCACACUCAUAAACAUUCACCUCAAGUUAAACAAACUCUACUGGUUUAACAGUUACCUGAACCGUACGGACUACUCUGUGUGUGUGUGUGUGUGUGUGUGUGUGUGUGUGAGAGAGAGAUGGAAUGAUGAUGUUAAGCACAUUUUUCCCGCAUGUUAGAAAGGAAAAGUGUGUGUGAAGCUGAUUUAGGAUUAGCUCUACGCUAAAAACUCAAACACGGCUAAUCACAAAUCAGGUUGGUGUUUUGUUUUGUUUUUUCACCGACACAGAACCAGUGAUAUUUUUUUUAAUUGAUUUUUUAUUUUUUUGUAGAACCACAGUUCCACCAGGUCGAUCGUUGAGCCUAAAGGGGAAAAAAUAUCAUGUUCAGUGUUUACAUGUUUCUUCCUUCACGCUGCUCAGCUUCAGUAUCACAAAACAUCGUCCGGAUUUUCCAUCCAGUCCACAUGUCAGUGUUUGUUUGUUUGUUUGUUUGUUUGUUUGUGAAAAUGUUUACUGCACACAAACACAGGAUGUGAAUCAUCACGAAACAUUCACACCUCAGAAGCUCUGAGAGGUUCCUCUGAUGCACACUCGGAGCUCUGACGUCUUUAUUUUUAAUAUAAUGGUUUAUUUUAUUUUAUUGGCCUGGAAAAUUAAAGUAAAUUUGACUGGAAAAGAAUUAGAAUUAAAUACAAACAUGUUUUAAGAUUAAUCUGAGGAAUUAAAGUGGUUUUAUAGUUUAUUUAGGGGCCCAAGCAUCAGGAAGCUUUCAUCAGGAGCCUUCUUUUAAUUCUUCUUAUUUUUCUCCUUGUUCUUUAUCCUGUUUGUUUGAUUUUUUUCUUUCUUCCUCCAUUUUUUUCCUUCUUACUUCUUCGUUUUCUCUGUUUUUCUUAUAUUUCUUUUUCCUUCUUGUUUUUCUUAGUUUUCUUUUACAUUUUUUUCUAUUUAACAAAUCAGAGCAGAAAUCUAAUUUCAUCUCAUUAUCUGUAGCUGCUUUAUCCUGUUCUACAGGGUCGCAGGCGAGCUGGAUCCUAUCCCAGCUGACUACGGGCGAAAGGCGGGGUUCACCCUGGACAAGUCGCCAGGUCAUCACAGGGCUGACACAUAGACACAGACAACCAUUCACACUCACAUUCACACCUACGCUCAAUUUAGAGUCACCAGUUAACCUAACCUGCAUGUCUUUGGACUGUGGGGGAAACCGGAGCACCCGGAGGAAACCCACGCGGACACAGGGAGAACAUGCAAACUCCACACAGAAAGGCCCUCGCCGGCCCCGGGGCUCGAACCCGGACCUUCUUGCUGUGAGGCGACAGCGCUAACCACUACACCACCGUGCCGCCCCAGAGCAGAAAUAAAUAAAUAAAGGUGCAAACAUUAAGUCGUUUUCAUUCAGAUUCUUUUUUGUUCUUUAUUUCCCUUUUCUUGUUUUUGUUUCUUAUUUUUCUCUUUUCCUUUUCUUCUGUUUCUUGUUUUUAUCUUUUUUCUGUUAACCUUCUUUUCUUCUCCUCUCAUUUUGCUUUAUAUUUUCACCUGAGUUGUUCACUCCGGUGCGUCUCGUGCAAAACGAGAAAUCGUUCCUCACUUAACAUCAGCAGUGUCGUAGCAUAAACACGCAACAACGUCAUAAACAAGAUCGUAAUCAUUUCUUGAUGUAUCGUCUGUUCUUUCCUCAACAAUAAAUCGUGAUUAUGCAAAUAAACUCUAAUCUCACAUGUUUGUUUCGAGGUUUUCAGCUCCGUGUUGGUGUAAAAGCUUUAUUGCUGAACCUCGAUGGCUGUAGAGUUUUACUCGUCCUGGUGCUGCCUGUUAAACACUCGCUGCGUCCUCAUGACCGUAACACCGCGGUGUUUUAAACAGAAUCAUGUGUGUUUAGAUUCUGCAGGAUCGUCAUCUCUCCAUCGUGUGGGAUCCUGCAACAGGAAAUUAAUCUCCACAGAGUGUUUACUGUCUACAAACACUUCACAUGGCAAUAUCACUUUUCUAACUAAUUUUUUUAUGUUCUGAAACCUGCUGCUAUCCUCCUCAGAUGAGCACUUCAGUGGAUUCGGUUCUUCAGAUGUUCUUUUUUAUUUUAAAGGCAGAAAUAAAUAUAUUUAAUUUCAAUCCAAAAGUAUUAAUUCGAUGUCAUUUUAUUCUUCUCAUCAGGCAGAGCUGCACUCUGAUUGGCUGAUGGAGAGUACUGGGUAACCAGUCAGUGAGCUUUCUCUUAAUUUAUGCAUUUGGGGAAAAAAAAAGAAGCCUUUCAGAGCGUGCAUCUGGAUUUAAAGUUUAAAUCCCAAACUUUUGAUUUGUACACGCUUAUUUAUGGAAAAAAAUCUCGAGGCUUUCAGAAGCGUUCCUCACGUAGAUGAUUUUCCUUUUGUAAAUUAAAGCCAAUGGAAAAAUGCAGAUCUUGUGUAAGUUGUGUAGAAAAGAUUUAGGUGAAAAUUGUACAGUGUACAAUAAACUGAGACACGUUCAGUGACAUCACACCAACAUCCUCAGAGCUUUCCACUUCACUCAGACUGUUCAGUGACUCCACAAAAACACAAACAGACUCACUCAGAAAUCCAUCAAAUUACACACACACGAGUUCAUGAUGAGAAUUGUGGAGUUGUUUUAUUUUACAGUAGUGCGAUGUUUCUUUUCUCCACUUCUGAGAAGAUUUUAACGCCCCUUCAACAUAUCAGAAAGAUCUUUACUCAGUAUUGUGGGUUUUGGGUUUUUUUUUUUUUGAACUGCCGGCGUUUAUCCAUGAUGUAAAUCUGACACACACACACGCACCCUCUCACUCAUGGUUGUAUAUAUGUCUCUGUCCUCCUGUAGAGCAGUAGUGUUUCAGGAUAUUUGUGUAAAUAAAUGUGUUUUAUUUA